AUGUCCGUCUUCAAUGCUACUCGACUCAUCGGAAAGACUGUGCUCAUUACAGGGGCGAGCAGCGGCAUCGGAGCGGCAACUGCCGUGCUUUUUGCAAAGGGUGGCGCCAACGUCAUUCUUCUCGCCAGGAGAGCAGACGCGCUUGCAAAAGUCGCCGAACAAUGCGUUGCUGCCCAUAAGGAGUCCGGCUUGCAACAGGGUGGUAAAUUCGCAUCUGUUCAGCUAGAUGUAUCCGAUAAGAAACAGAUCGCGGAUCUGUGGACAAAGGUCCCUCAAGAACUUCGCGACGUCGACAUUCUCGUCAAUAACGCUGGCUUCGUCAAGGGUCUGGAGCACGUCGGAGACAUAAACGAACAAGAAGUUGAAGAAAUGUUUGCCACCAACGUUCUGGGUCUCAUUUCAAUGACACAACUUCUUGUCCGAGACUUCAAGAAGAAGCAAUCAGGCCAUGUCAUUAACUUGGGCUCGAUCGCUGGCAUUGAACCCUAUGCAGGGGGCAGCAUUUACACCGCAACCAAGCAUGCAGUCAACGCCUUUUCAGGCUCACUCUUGCGCGAACUCGUGAACACACCCAUACGUGUCACAGAAAUUCAACCAGGCAUGGUUGAGACCGAGUUUUCCAUUGUGCGAUUCCGUGGAAAUGUAGAUGCCGCCAAGAAAGUUUAUGAGGGUCUUGAGCCACUGACUGGACAAGAUAUUGCUGAGGAAAUCGUUUGGGCUGCUGCUCGACCCCCUCACGUCAACAUCGCGCAGGUGCUCGUAUUCCCAGUUAACCAAGCUAGUGCAGGUAUCAAGUACACCGGACCUCCGAAGUAA